CUUUUGAACCAUUUUGUACAUAUCAUGCAUAUUGAAAUCGCACAAGCUGUUGAAUUUCUUGGUAGACUUUUGCAAUCAAAAGUAGACCAAGACACAAUAAACGCUUUUAAAGAAAAAUUAACCGAACUACUAAAAAUUCGUUUUCAAGACCACUGGGAUCCUCAACAACCAUAUAAAGGAAAUGGCUAUAGAGCGAUUUCUAAUUUCAAUGGACAACUUGAUCCUAUUCUUACCUUGGCCUCUGCUGCAGUACCCAUUCAACCUUCUUGUAUUCAUGCUCAUCUUCCUCGUGAUUUCGUUUUAUGGAUUGACCCUUUCUCUGUCUCUUACCGUGUAGGAGACCACGGAAAUAUUAUGACAUUAUUCGAAGACCGUUCUCGUGGUAGAAUAACCUUAAAGAUGAAUCCUGUUAGUCCCAGUCACUCACCUAUGCUACCUUAUGUUCAACCAAGAAUAUCAACACCUAUUCGUAUCUCACCACCCAACAGUCCAGACAAUAAUGUAUUAAAGAUCAAUCCUCCCUCUAGUUCAAAGAAAGAUAAUGAAGAAAAAUCUAAAGGCUUAGUUUUGGCAAACUAAGUCCAAGGGUUAAAUAGGAGAGAGAGAAGGGGGAUAUGUAUACAGAACACAUCAUAUAUAUUACACAUAUAACAACACAUACACUACACAUAUAUACAGUUUUGUAAAUUUUUUUUCUCUUUAUUCAUCAUUUUUGGAAAUACAAUAAACAUUAA